UACUCUUCAUGGAUUUCUCRAAGGAGAGAAGAGAAAAUUGUUCUGCGUUACUAAAAUCAUCUGAAUCAGUAUCAACAGUUAAGUGAAUGGGAGAAGGAUCUGUAAUGCGAGGCGACAAAGGAAGUAGCUUGAGAGAAUCUGUAUCCGAAGACGAACUGUUUUCGGAAGAACACGAUGCAUCGCUACUGCUAUUUCCUCUACAAUUGCGAGAUUUAGAACGACUUCUUCGUCGACUGGAAGAUCUUCGUCUAGAUGRUCCUCGCCUGCGACUAGAGGAAGAUGAAGCAUUGGUGACAACGGACAAAAGUUUUUUCCCAUUCAUCGAUGCCGGAGAUUUGGGUGGAAGACAGUUUGAAGCUAUUUUCUUCGACGUCUUCCGUUCCAAUGACUCUGGAGAUAGUUCAACRCUAUUGCUGAACAUGUUUAUUGUCRAUCUUCCUUGGUUCAUUUUGAUUCGACUCUUUUGGAUACGAUAUUUGCUUCGGAUUCUGAAGCUUCCAUUGAUCCUUUCCUUCUAAAACAAUGCUGAAACAAAUAUGGAYGCUGAAUCCGUUUUCAAUGAAGACAAACAAAGCACUCGGCUGAAUUCCAGUAUGAUGCAAAGGCGUGUCCAUCCGCAGUGGUGAUGGAUGUGCACUUUUAAUCCUAACCAAAAAAGCGCAAAACGGACAACCAAAGAGUACUCGGAAUCAAAAUCUUCGUUCAGUUCCUCGUUGUUAUCUCGUGUAUGGGAAAAGAGUCGUCGUUCUCUCUUAUCUCAUCGUCGGGCGUUCCUUGGUGUCCUUUUGCUCGAGCAAGCCUCCCUAUGAAUAAAAUGGGUAACCGUAUGGUCGUGCCUCUUUAUCCUAGAUCUGUGGUGGCAUUUGUGGAAAUCGGAGGCAGAGGGAUACAAACAAUCAAAAAACGCAUGAUUAUCAUGUGAAUCAUUGAUCCUCACGAUCAUUAGGGUUAUGUUCCUGAAAAUUGACAAAAAACUAGUGAYAGUCGAAAUGUUCCUUUGCACCCCGCGCGCCAAACAGAUUGAAUAAAAAUUAAUCAGAACCGAUAAUGUCUAUAACAAUUGAUUCGUGAAAGAGAGAAUUGCCUCACAUAUUUUUGGUCGGAGUUUGGCAGCUUAAAAUUGAUAUUCUACGAUGUGCCUGUAGAGUGCCAAUCUCAUGGUUCUUGAAUCAAGAACAUUCUGCGUUGCUUUUAAGAUCGCGGGAGAAAUUCGGAGGGAAAUCAUGACAGUCGUGCGAAAAGUUUAGCUUCAACAGAUUUUUUGGACUUCCAACCAUAAACGUUACAAUAAUCUUGCAACCCUCAAAUUAUGUCGUAGUUUUUUCCAACAGUUARUACYAUUAUUGGAAAUAAUUAUUACUGUCUACUUUGUAAGGUUAGGAAUUCGCCUAAGCUUCACUAAUAAUAUCACUGUAGUUUUUCUCAUGAUGAYAGGUCGUCCAUUCUUUAGCCUUGAAACUUGGAUUUCGCUUGUCUUCCCAGCCUUUCKGCACCCUACGAGWCGUCRUUAGGGUUCAAAGCGAACCAGUCUCGUAAUGCAGCUUUCGCAUCGGUAUAUUUGUGCUGUGGACAAUUCUGUCCAAAAAUAGGCUAAGUCAUCUCCAUUUCAGACUUGGUUUAUUCAUUCGCACUAAUGUCCUGGAUGACCACAUCAUAGGAUUGUAGCAUCGAAACAAAUAAUUUCAAUGACGAGAUCGUAGUAGAUUUUCCAGCAUGACACGAAUUUWUUUGGUAUAUUGCAUCCCUCUUAUUUCUUUUGCGUGUAAGAAUGUAUAUUUCAAGCAUUAACAAAGAAUCAACAAAACUGUAUAAAGUAUUGGCGCUUUCGGUUGGAGCUCCAUCGUUCUCUUUUUCGACRACUAAAUUUACAGUUUAUCCCAUGUAUUUUUUUCUGGKAUCAAGUUACCGUCGUCGUCCUCGAGUUCAUCAACUUGAAAAUUCUUCAUAAGAUCAGGCUUUGAUUUGUCUAGUGACUGUCUUGAAAGACCAUGUCUGGUAACGAAAGUGGGGAACGAAGAUUGAACGGGCAACGAARCAGAAAAUAAAUCUUGAUUGCCAAAUUCCACAAAAUUUCCGUUCAGCAAAGAUGGAUCGUCUGCAUAAUCUACCAUUAGGUCUCCCAUAAGGCUACUUAUGCUGUUUCGAACGUAUGCAUUAUCUAGAAAUUUUGCGUUGAAAUCAACCGAGUUCAUGCAUUGAAGAUUGUUGUCCGAAACGUUGAACUCUCCAAUGCUGUCAAUUUGAGUAUUGUUGCCACCAUAGGAAGAUGUAUCCCUUGGUUGUUCGUCAGGCAGRUUGGAGUUGCCAUCGUUAUCAAAUUCAAAAGGCAUAGCGAUCUCCACGGCUCUCGCGGACUGAGAAUCUUUCGGAGGUCCGAGAAAAGAAAACCGAAGCGUAUUUCGAAGAAGCUCUCGCCUUGUCCAAUCCGGAUGCUGUUGCUUUAGGCGGGCAUAAUGAGUGUAGCGGUAAACUAGUAUAUUGAAUGCACCCUGUAGAGGCUCAAAGAAACCCUGSAAUAUAACUAACCAAAGAUGAUUCGUGAUAUCGUAAUACUGAAGUUGUCGAUUGAUGGUCGGAAAGAGCCAUAUCAUCCAAAAUCCUACGACAUAUGCAAUUGAUUGGUAUAAGAUAAGGCGGGCACCAAUGUGAUACGUUGCGGCAUGUUGUCUGGCAGCCGAAGGGAAGUCUUCAAUUGUUUCCACAACCAACCGGACGUCAGCACUCCUUAUUGAGUCGAUCGGGGUCGUUUCGAUCUUGGUCUGUUGCUGCCGCCCUUCGUUCUGCUGACGAGGCCAUAGACUUAAGCGCUCAGCAAAUUUCUCUGGUAAGACCAUUGUUGGGAUUCUCCUAUUAUCUCCGUGACUCGAUCGGCUUGACUGAACAUCUUUCUCUAUGUGAUCGUGUUCUUUCGUUUCAUAUUCGCCUUCACGAUCAGAUGAGACUCGCACACUAGUCUCUCUUUGUUGUUCAAUAAUUUCCAAUUCCGUUUCCCCGCUGAUUGGUACAAGCAUAGGACCRGACGACGUUGCAAUAUGCAAUUUUUCGCCUUUAUCGAUGCUGUUUUUUAAUGUUGAAAAUAAGGAAGCAGGAUGCUGCCCAAAAGUGAAGUUUAUACCUGUUUUUUUCUUGGGUGAACGUAGGAAAAUAGAAGUUUUUUUGUGUGAUUUUGACAAAGAUACCUGUUUUCCAAGCGUUGGUCGUCCGUGUUUUGCGUGAUGUAUGGCGUGGAGCUUUUUCGCCUUUUGAUCUCUUUUUCUUACAGUGCGAUAAAUCCAAACGUUGACAGCUAGGACUAAUAUCAUGGACAACCAAAGUGGUAUGUAGAAAAAGAUAAAGCGGUAAAUGAACGCAUUAUCUCCCC